AUGGAUCCUAGCAGACAGGCAUGGUGACUGUCCAAACCUGUAGGAAUAACUUCAGAAGCAUCUUCAUUGGGACAGAACAUGACUGUCAACCUCGAUGCCUCUGUGUCUACAUUUGCUACCCUGCCUGUUCUCCCACCUGCCCCCCAGCCAACAUUUCAAUUAUUCUGGGAGUCCCCAGAACCCCUCCUGACUGGAAGUAUCUCUCCCUGGAAUCCACUAGUGUUAUCUGCCUUGCCUGGGAUGUCUUUGGUGGCAGAAGAUGGAAGUACGACCCUGGGUACAGCUGUACCUUUGAACAUUGUGCAAGUGGGGAAAACAGGCAGGCCUGUACAGGCCAUGCCCAACGCCAACCUUUUCCUCACUCAGGUGCCCCUCAAAUGUAAUGUCCCUGUGACCCAAGGUGGGGUUAUAGGGUGCCUUGCUUUACACUUCAUGACAACACCUGAGGCAAAUACCUUCAUAAAUACUCAAAUUGCUUCGGCCUUCCAGUCCCAAGACGGAUUGUGGGACCUGGGCUCUCACCCUCCCACAACACAGCCAGUUGUCCAGUUGGUUCCUGUCCAGUCCCCAGGGAACUCAGCACCACCUCCAAAAGGCCCAGCCAAUGUUCAAACCAACUCCCCAGAAACCCGCUUGUCCAAACCAGACAGUGUCUAUGGGAAUAUCCGGCGCUGGCAGCAUAUCAAGAUUCUGGUACAGCAGCACCUAUUCUAUACUCCAGACAUGUCAUCUUUCUCCUGCUUCCUCAUUCCAUUGCUUCGGUCCCUGGCCCAGAGGAAGCCCACCAUGAAUGUGGAGGAGGGCCUGUGGAGGGGUCUUCAGGAAUGGCAGUGUACAUGCAACUAUGACCAGAUUAUCUUCUUUGAGAUGGCUGAAAAGUUUACAGAAUUUGAUAGUGCAGAAGAGAAGGAGAAUUCAAGGCUAGAGAUGAUGAGAAGUAUCAAGUGUCAUGUUCUUACAACCACAAGGCAAGAUCCUUCAAGGCCCCCAAAUUCUGAGGUGUUUGAGGAAUCAGCUUGCAACUCCAUGAAGACUGGUUCCAAGACUGACCCUGCCCGCCUCCCAGUACUCAGACACAGGCAAUUACAAAAGACUGAGGCACCCAUGGAAAUUCCACCUGAAGCCAUGCAGGAAUACAUGGAUAUUAUGGACUGGCUAGAGAGGCUUCCACAGUCAUACACAGGAGAGCCCACAGAAAAAGAAGAAGAGGAGAACAGUGAGCUGGAGCAGGAAGAAGAUGACUUCUACUCAGAUGCAGGAGUCCUGAGUUACAUUGAUGAGCUGUGCUCCCAGAAACACUUCAUUGACCAAGUGAGUUGCAACUGGAGCCGUGGUGUGGGCCAGAUUCUGAGUUUGGCAUCCCAGUCCUUGUAACUGAGCCUGCUUCCCUCCCUUCAGGGCUCUCUCUAUGUCUCUAUGAACCAGAUGGUGGAAGAGCACUCCCUGGCUUUGAAGAAGAAAGGAUGUAAGAGGGCAACUCUGAAUCCUGGUGCCCCUCAGAUACUUUCCAACACUUCUGUACCAACUGUCUUCCAACUUGCAAAGAGAGAAGGCCAUGGUCCCCAAAGAGGGACCAGUGCACAGAAACGUUCCUCACUGGUGCCUUCUUUAGAUCAUCAGUUUCCUGGAGCUACCAAUGCAGAAAUAUGGGGGCCUAGUCCUACUGUCUUCCAAAGUAGUCAGUGUUUACCCUCACUGGGAGACCUCAGUUCCACUGUUAUUACCUAUGGCAGAGGAGCCCAUCCCCAAAGCCCAGGGUCCAGAUGUGCAAUGAGCCUCAGAGGAGUUUCUGCUAUGGAGGAGUUCCAGGAGGCACUGGGCAGAACCAUUGAGGACAAAGAGGAGAUCCCCAGCUUGUCCUUCCUCCUGUGUUCCCACUAUAGUCUGGUGCCAUGGAAACUGUCUGGCUAUUUGUGCCCCUAUACAGGUCUCUCUGACUCUGCUAGUAUUCCCAAACCCUUAUCUCCAAAGAGGAGCGACCUCAGUCCUGAUCCAUCUUCAACUGACAAGUCAGAGGAGCCAGCUCUCAUUGGAGGCUUGAAUCCUAUGGCUAAGAGGUCCAACUCAGGGAUUGGUCAUGGGAUAUUUGAAGGGCCACUCUCAGCCCUGGGGCUCACUCACUCUUUGCAGGCACAGAAAAAGGUUGAAUCACUAAGAACCCGGAAGAGGAAGAGGAAGAAGUGGCACUGUGCCACCUGUGGGAUAUCCCCUCAAAGCUGGCAGAGUUUCACUCUGCCUCCACCCUGCACCCCCAUACCAAAAAUGAAAAAGAAAACACACUGA